AUGAGUCUUACUCAUGCACCAUCACGAGUAGAGACUAUCAUCUCGCGCAUUCGAUCACGGCCGGUCGCAGAAUUUUCCCAUCCGUUGGCCGACAUGCCUACAGCGGAGAAAUGCCUUGUUGACUUCGACGGAAUUGAGGAUCCCUACCGACCACUAAACUGGCCCACACAUAAGAAAAUCCUUACUACAUUCUUAUAUGGCUUGAUUACCAUGUCAGCAACGUGGGCUUCCUCCUCGUACUCAGUAGGUACGGACCAGAUUGCCAAAGAAUUUCACAUAUCUACACAAGUGGCCACUCUAGGCACAACACUGUAUCUCGUUGGCUUUGGAAUCGGACCUUUACUCUGGGCCCCGUUAAGCGAGGUAUAUGGCCGCAGGGUGCCAGUUCUGACGCCAAUGUUUGUUGCCAUUUGCUUCACUUUUGCUACAGCUACGGCAAAAGAUAUACAGACGAUUAUGUUGACUCGAUUUUGGGGGGGCUUUUGUGCUUCGGCACCAAUGACCAACACUGGCGGUGUUCUCGGCGACUUAUUCUCGCCAACUUGGAGAGGUGUUGCGCUAGCUGGAUAUUCGAUGGCUAUUGUUUGCGGUCCUGCUCUCGGUAAGAUGGUGCCCCUUGGUGGCAUGAACAUCCUGUUAACUCUCCCAGGACCGGUUGUCUCUACAGUACUUGCACAACAGCCUUCUCUAGGCUGGCGAUGGACCGAGUAUUUCACCGGCAUCCUUCAAUCAUUCAUUCUCUUGAUAGCCACCCUGUUUAUCGACGAAAGCUACCCACCCUUGCUUCUUGUCUAUAAAGCUCAGACAUUACGGCACGAGACUGGCAAUUGGGCACUCCAUGCACAAUUCGAAGAGUGGCAGAUUGAUCUUCGUCAACUGGCGCGAAAAUUUCUCGUUCGCCCCAUUUGGAUCCUCUCUACGCCAAUCUGUUUCCUUGUAACAUUAUAUGCUAGUUUCGUGUACGGCAUCCUAUAUAUGCAACUAGGUGCGAUCCCCAUUAUCUUCGGGGAGGUGCGUGGGUGGGAUCCAAUUCCAGCUGCUUUACCAUUCCUAUCGAUUGUUUUGGGCGCCGCUAUAGGUUGCGGUAUAAACAUCUACAACCAAUUCCUCUAUAACAAGGCUUAUUAUGCGGCAGGGAACAAAGCUGUUCCUGAGAUGCGUCUGCCUCCUAUGAUCCUGGGUUCAUUUGUUUUUUGUGCAAGUCAGUUCCUAACAGGCUGGACAGCUAAACCUGGUACCACUUGGGUUGCUCCAUGUAUUGGCUUGGUGAUGCUGGGUACGGGAUUUUUUACUAUCUUUCAAGCGGCACUCAACUAUCUCGUCGAUACAUUUCAGGCAUAUGCAGCUUCAGCAAUCGGCGCGAAUACGUUUCUGCGGUCGUGUUUUGCUGGGGCCUUGCCACUCGCUGUGGGGCCCCUCUAUCAUAAUAUAGGAGUUGGCCCAGGAUCAAGUAUCACGGGAGGGUUUGCCGCAAUCUUAAUUCCUGUCCCUUUUGCUUUUUAUCUAUAUGGAAAAAAACUAAGAGCAACCUCAAAAUGGUCUAAUGGAUCGAGAAUUGAUUAG